CAAUGCUAGGAUUUGAACCAUGGUCUCUUCCAUCAAAUACAAGAAUUAUAACCAAUUAGACUAGACACAUUUGUUGUACUUUAUUAAUACAAAACAUAGAGGAAGUUAAAAUUAUGAUACAGAGUACUUUUCUAUCACGGUUUGUUAGCCCGCUAAGUCUCCUGUAAGUAUUUUGUGGUGUUUGAUAAUUCUAUUUUCAUAUUUUAAUAAUUAAUUUAGAAAAUUUUCUAACUUAUAAAUGAAGGAUAAUCUUAAAAUCUCAACAUAAAUAUCAUUGGUUGGAAUAUUGCGCAUUGAAUUGAAGUGCUCAAUGAAGUGUUCAAUGACGAAAUAAGAACAUUGGUACCAUACAUUUCAAGAAAAAUAGACAUUACAAACAAUGAUACCAAUUAUCUCGACAGUCUAUGCAAUUUGAAUUUGUUUAAUCAUUCCAUUUGAGUGAUAGUUUAGUCAAAGCAAGUAAAUAAUUCACGAUUGUGUAUGAACAAAAAUAAAAACAUGUGUAUUGUACAUGAAAAAUGUAUUUAUUUUAACAAUGCAAAAAAAAAAAAAAACAAUCAAGACUUCCAUAUACAACCCCUUAUUUCAACAUUGUAAUUAAUGAAACAAUUUUUAUCAACAUGAUGCAAUGUUCAAGCUAAGGUCCAAUAAUUAAUCAGCAGUAUAUAGUAUUCAGCUUAGUAAACUAUUUCAAUAUCCAUAGCUAACAAUUAAUGAUUACUUGCUUUCUGUUUGAGGGUUUGAUGUAACACUCUCAUGCCUACAGUCUAAGCAUUUUAUUUUAUUUUUUCCAAUAUUUUUUGCAGUUAUUUGUUAAAUCAACUAUGUUUCUAGCUUUCCAUUCCUAAUUAUUCAUUGCUUCCUACCAACUUAUGGGAAUGAUAAAUAUUUGUUUCAUGUAUAAUCUAUUGACUAUGAAUGUUGCUUAUUACUUAAAUUCAACGGUAUUCAUGUUAGGUUUGAUGUCUCCAACAUAUUCUCACAAAUUCUCGAAAAAGCAUCAUAUCUUGCGAUUGAUAUCAUAGUUUUGUUAGGUAAAGUUCAACAAACUCAAUCAAUAUUUGUACUCUUUGAAGUAGCUAUCUACAUGUGAAUAUGAAGUACUGAGUAGCUAAAACUCUACUUGAGUUAGUACGAUCUUUUCCGCUAUCAAUUAAAAUUCAAUACAUGAUUAUCUUAUUACAAUUUAGUCAUGCUAAUUGUGCAGUAGGGUACAUCUUAUCAAAAUCGUAUCGAAAGACUCCUUGAUUGAUCAGUUUCAGGAUGUAAUCAAUUAUACCAAAUAGAAGUGAUCAAAUUUAUAAGAUGCUCUCAAAGUUUGCUAUAAUUAUUGGGCAUUUGUCUAUCUCCUAGCACGCCUAGACACGCUUAGACGUUGUAAUGAAAAUAGUAAUUUUUAAUAAUGAUGAAUGAAGUAACAGUUCUGAAGCACUUUCAUACUUCAGUUCAAAUGAUUUAACAACAAGCAAAAUAACUCUCAAGUUUAUAAUUUUUUUAUACCAAAUGGUAUAAUUAAUUCAUUUAUGAGCUGAAAUAGCUAAUUAUAAGCACUUAAAUUUUUAAGUUAAAACUCAUAUGAUACAAUUGUUUGACGAAAUGGUUUUUAUCAUAGAGUGGUUCUAUCGAGAGAGGUCUCUAAGAAACAUGACUUACUUUAUUAUUUCUUAGGUAGACAUAAUAUAUAUCUUCAUCGUUACUUUUACAUUGGAUUCAAUUUAGUAUACUUUUUCGUUUAGAUAGAUUUUUGGCAAAAUACACUCGCAUAGCCACAACUUUCCACUUUGUGCCAACAAUAGCCAAAUUUUGAAAAAUACAGAGAAAUAGCCAAUCCGUCUAAUACUUUAACGGACGAACUUGAACUGCUGACUAGGCUAACGGUUCUCGCUGAUGUGGCACGUCUCCAACGCUAUUGUUGCCAGAUGGAAUUGAUUAUUUUUAAUUUUUUUUAUUUAAAAAAAAUAAAAAACAAAAAGGCCCCUCCCUUUUCGCCCAGCCCCUUUUCGUCGAUCUCUAACCCUACCAAUUUCACUUUCCACCCGACGAAACCCGUUCCCUUCUUUCCGAUCCCAUUCUUUCCAAUCGACGGCCCACUACCGUUGACGGAGACGAUUUGGUGCAGCCUCCGGCGACUGCUGCCUGUCGCGACUCGUUUAUUGCGCGUCCUUUCCACUUCCUCUCAUCUGGGCGACUUUGUUCCCAAAUCCAGCAUGCAUCCCGACGGCGGAUAAAACCAACGCCGCCGACCCGACUUCUCUUUUAUACGCCUAAAGAACGAGUGGGUGAAGGGAGAGACUUCGACAACGGCCAAUCCCUACUAGCAGCGGUGAAGAAGACGAUUGGCGGAAAACCCUAGCUCAGAUUCGGUAGCUCGAGAAGAAGGGAAACUCGAUUAUUGUCGGACUGGUUCAUUCUCACCCUCUUAUAUGGUAUGUUUUCAAUUUAUAGGGUUGAGUUUGGUGAGAAGAAGGGAAACUCGAUUAACCUCGAGAUGUUUGCAAUUUAUAGGGCUGAGUUUGGUGAGAAAGCGACACUGCAAUUACUUCCAGGGACCACAACUUCUGUUUGUCACGAGAUUACCCUUAAAGCGUGAGGUAAAGAACUGAAACUUGUGGAUGAAAUGGUCAAUUCACAGUGAAUGAACUCAUUCAAGUAGAAGUAGUGAACUGAAUCACAUUGUUUAUUUUUGUUUGUUGUCUGUUUGUGCUUUGUGCUUUGUGUAUUGUUUAUUAUCUAUUGUUUUGUUUUUUAAUUAGCAGAUAAUCACUUAGUUGACCCAUUUGUGUACAGAUGUCAAAUUCAUGGGAAGAGUUGAUUGGGGAGAAUGACCCAGACAGGGAUAUUGAUGAAGAAGAUUACAUGUCACCAGAAGAUGAUGCCAAUGCAUCUGUUGCACGAGAUAUCUACCACGUGGAGGAUUCUGAUGAUGCACUUACCUCUGAUGAUGAAUACUUGGAGGCAAGGGCCAACUUAAGAGCAUAUGGAGAGUCAAGAAAAAGGAAAGUUAAGGCCAGACAGCUUGCUAAUGGUGAGGAGGUGGAGCAGUUAGAUGAUUUUGAGGAAUUGUCUUCUGAAAGUGAAGAGGAAGGAGGAGAUGAGGCAGCCAAUGUGAAUGAAGGGAAUGUGAAUGAGGAAGAAGGGAUUGAUGCAGGGAAUGAUGCAACAAAUCCCUCCCUUUCCAACCAGCAUCCUUCUCGGCCUGAGCAAGAUAGACCAGAGGGUUCGAAUCAUUCAAGUUAUAGGUUGUCCGAGAAUUCUGAUCAUGUGCGUCUCAACUUGUCUGAGGAGAACGGUGGUGAACCUUAUGAUGAUGCUCCACAUUAUGACCCUAACUGUGACCACAAAUCCCUACAAUUCAUGGUGAAACACAAGUUUGAGAGUCCGGAGCAGUUCAAGGAUGCCGUAAUCCAGCAUUCUAUUGCAGCCGGUGCAAGUAUUAGGUGGUUGAGGAGUAACCCGACAAGGAGGGAGGUCAAGUGCAAGGCACCCAACUGCAAGUGGGGGCUGUAUGCCAGCUGGUUUAGGAAGGAUCGAAGUUUCAUGGUGAGGAAAGUUGGGGCACCACACUCGUGUUCAAGGCAGCUACGAGUUAACCAAUUAACUGCGAAGUGGAUAGCAAAAGAUAUGCUUGAGCGAUUCAGGAUUAAUCCUGAAUGGGCACCGGACCAGAUCGUUGCUGAGGUCAAGUUAAAACACAACAUGGAGGUUAAGAGGAGAACCUGUUACAGGGCAAAGGUAAAGGCUAUAGGGCUCUUGAGUGGUUCUUUGGUCGAAGAAUAUAAGAAGUUGAGGAUCGCCACCUAGCAGUACUAAUAUAAACAUAUUUACCAUCCCAAUCCCAUUGAAUCAAGGCAACUAAGUAAAUUCUGGUCAAUCUGGCACUUGGCUCUUACAAUCCGUUGAGUGUCGUGUACUAAUUGACUUGGACUUCUCACUAGCUACUGCACAACCAUACAAUAUAGAGCAAGGUUCCAUCCAAAUCAGACUUACAACCUUAUGCAUUAUUAUUAUUAUUAUUAGUAGUCGGUUUUAGUUACUGUUGAGGAAUCGUAUUAAUUAUUAAAGUGUUUAAGGUAGU